GAUGAAGAAGUGGAGUUAUGCGAAGUUAAUGACCUCAGCUUUAUUGCUUGUCUUCUUAAGUAUUAUUCUUUUGGCCUUUCAUGGUGGAUCAAGAGGUGACAAUCAUCUAUAUGAUCAUGUGGCCAUCGGAACUAAGGAUAUCUUGAUGGGACGAAAGUUAAAAGAUUUGAAACCAAAAACUGAAUCGUUGAAAAUGAUCAAUCCCAAAAAGAAGAACGGGUUUGAGUAUUCAGAUCAAGUAUCUAGUGAUUUAUCUAGACAAGAAGUAUUUGUCGAUAUGAUGGCUAGGGACUACCAAGGCCCAAAACCCAGAAGCAAGCCCCUCAAAAACAACUGACGGCUGCGUGGCUGUCAUUGUCAUUGAUAAGUAAGUGUAAAUUAACUUUGUAAAACAUAUAUAAAACGUUCGAAAAGUUCUAUUAUGAUGUUUUUAUACUGUAUCCAAUGACUGAUCGUAUCAUAUAAGUACUUUGAAUGUUUCUAAGGUUUGAUUGUACAUGUAUACAACUAUCCACAUCGGAAAGAUUACAUAUGAAAUGAUGCAACGAAUGUGAACAACAUAUAUUUUGUAAUUCUAAAGUGGCAUGCAUUCA